AUGAUGAUGAUGAUGAUGAUGAUGAUGAUGAUGAUGAUGAUGAUGAUGAUGAUUCGGAUUGAUGAUGAUGAUGAUGAUGAUGAUGAUGAUGAUGAUGAUGAUGAUGAUGAUGAGGAUGAUUAUGGUUAUGAUGAUGAUGAUGAUGAUGAUUCGGAUGACGACGAUUCGAUUGAUGAUAAUGAUGAUGAUGAUAUUGAUAAUGAUGAUGAUGAGGAUGAUCAUGAUGAUGUUGAAUCGGAUGUUGAUGAUGAUGUUGAUGAUGUUGAUAUUGAUGAUGAUGAUGAUGAUGAAUCUGAUGAUGAUGAUGAUGAUGAUGAUGAUGAUGGUGAUGAUGAUGAUGAUGAUGAUGAUGAUGAUGAUGAUGAUGAUGAUGAUGAUGAU